CGUUCUUCGUCCGUGUGAUAUUUGCACGUUGCUAUGACAGCCAGCGUUUAACCGCAAUCGUUCGUUGCCAUGACGAUACAACAGCAUCGUCGGUGUGUGUUGUUGCAUUAAGAAAAAGGAAAAAAGUAAUCACCAACUAGAUAGAGAUGGAGAACAGAGCGCUUAUUCCUGUGCCUGAUGAUUUGACUGUCGGAUUGGAUUCACUGUCUUUCGAGAAGGCCUUCGGAGAAAACAAGUCAAAAUACAUCAACAAAUUGCGCUAUUCUUGUAAGAUAAUAAACAUAGCUAUAUGUGUGUACGCCGUAUAUUUUAUUAAUGCCUUGGAUGCCAUCAAGAAAACUAUAAUUUCAAAAGAAUUAAAUAAAGAAACAAGUCCCAAAAUAUCUGACCCAAAUAUACCUGGUAUUCGUAUUGGUAUAAUUGGCUGUGGCGUUCUUGGACAACAAAUCAUUCGAUGUCUAUUAUAUCAGAAUAAUAUAAAGCCUCAUAAUUUGCUCAUUUCAACAAGAAAUCUAGAACAGCUUGAUGAAUUUAAGAGAAAAGGAAUUUUCUGCACUGAUAAUAAUAUCGAAGUGUGUAGAUUUGCAGAGAUCUUGUUACUCGCAAUCCCACCAUCACAACUUACCCUGCUGUCAAAAGAAAUUAUGGACCACUUACCAAAAAAAUGCAUUGUGUACAGCCUUUUAGUAGCUCAGGAUCUCCAGAAGCUGGCUACAAUGCUUAGAACUGAAAAUGUUUACAACUUGAAUGUUUCUGUUAAUGAGGAAACCACAGCCACCAUAAAGUGGGAACAAAAGGAUAUUACUGAUAUUCUAAGUGACCAGGAGACACUAAAACUGUUUCUGCCAUUCUGGGGCUCAGAUUCAAUAAUCAAAGAUGUUCAUAAACUGCCAGCAAUUAUUACAUGUGCUGCAUUAAAUCUAGCCUUUACAUUAUCUUCUCUAAUAGCUGAGGAGAUUUUGCCAAUGGUCCAGUUAGUAAUUUUUAGUGUACUACCAUUGUGUGAGGAUGAAAGAUUUUGGAUUGAAGAUUUUGGCAGAGGUCUAAACCCAAGUUAUGUUGUCAGCAUGUUAAAAGCGCAAAAUAAUGUAACUUCCCUGCUUAAGAAAGUGAAGAGAAGCAUAAUUCUUCAAGAGGGAUUCAUUAAGGUAUUUAUGCAAUGUUGCUAUGUACCUGCUCAUAAAGAGGAAACUGAGUGGCAUGACAUCAAGAGAAGUUUGACGAUCGAGUAAGCAUCAUAAGAAUUAAGAUAGCAGUUUGAAAAUGAGAGAAGUUUUCACAGAGAAAUAGUUCAGUCAAUGGAAUCAAUCUCAGGAUAUUAUUGGUGCUUAUUAUAUUGACUCAUAUCUUAUUACCAGUACUGUAUUGUCAUGGCCAAGACAUAAUUCACAAUGGCUCGACCCAUCUAGUUUUCUGUAGACCAAUGUUUCUGCUAAGCUGUGUACUUGUGCAUGCACACACAUAUUUUACAACUAAAGCACACAGGAAACAAUAAAUGCAAAACAAGAUGAGCACACAAGAUUUUCAAGAUGAAAUCGAAUUUUUUUACAAUUGAAGAUGGUUACUUGCAUGGAUGCUCUCUUACUUUGCAAAGAAAGACAAAAUUUGUACAGAAGCAAAUUUCUCAUACGCCCACAGCAAACUAUUAGAAGAAAUACUGAUGCAAGCUCUUUGCAAUUUAGCCCCAGGUCGACAUUUAUUGAAUAGAUCCAUAGUUAAUAAUAUUCUAGUCAUGUCCAUCCGAUCUUCCUUUGAAAAUAUAUUGGACUACGGUAUCCGAAUUGUUUAUUUCUUUUCAAUGGGUUGUCAAAGAUACUCCCACUCAUCUUUUCUGUGUGUUUUGGUGCUGGAACCAUUGUUAUGGAAACUGGAGACAUUGAGGGAUAUCCUAUUUAAAUUGAGACAUAAAAGAGCUGUGUCUAUAUAUGUACACAAUGUUAGCAUUAUUGUGUCAAACACAUUGGAAAUAAAGGUAGCUGGCACCAUUCUGGAGGUUGUUCUAUAUUUUUAAAACCAUUAUUAUCUAUUUAUUAAUGCAUACUCUCUCCAAUCCCUAGACCACUCACCAUCACAUCUUUACAUCUUCUCUCUCUCCCUUCUUUCAUUCUCUCCAUUCUCUCCCCACUUGAAGCUGCCUUAUUUCCUCUUUAAUGCAAGACAUUUUUUUUUUCUGUUCUUCAACAAUCCCCACUUCAGUUGAGGGGUUUUGUCUUGCAAGGUUACCUGGUGACUUCCCUGCUGCUGACACCACAUUUAAACUGUAAAGUGGUUUGGCCUUAGGUAGGACAUCCAGCUAU